AUGUUUAGUUUGUUUUUCAUACGACACUGGCUGCGAAAUAUUAGGAUGGAGUCGCCGAGAAAAUUCAACGACUGUUAUUUCUAUUACUAUUCUACUUGCACUAAGGGUGACAACUGUGUGUUUCGACAUGAGCCGUCAGCUCUUGGUUGCGAAACUAUGUGUCCGGCAUGGCAGCAAGGAAAAUGUACAGACAAGCACUGCAAAUUGAGACACAUGGAAUUAAGGAAAAAUCGUAAGCAAAUCCCUUGUUAUUGGGAGAACCAGCCAGGUGGAUGUCGCAAGAAGCACUGUCCUUUUAUGCACAAAAAUCCAGAUGCUCGCACUGAUGGAAUUGCCCCAAGUCAGCCUGGGCCACCUAUUGCUACUAGCCCUGCCACCAGCAGCAUACCCGAGGCCAGUGCUGAACAGGCUCUGACUGGAGUUCCAACACCCAAUGUACCACCACCAGCUUCUGUACCACUUUUAUGGCAACAACGACAGGUAGUCCUAGACUCUGCGAUCCUCGGAGUGCUGCCUGCGUCCACCGACCUGCUAGGCGGGCGCCGCGUUGUGACUCACGCCCAUGCUCACGCGCAUGCCCACCCACAUCCACAUGGCGUCGCUCAUGGCCCACACGAACCCACAUACGCCCCCCUCCCUGUCGAUCCACUCGUCGUCAACUUUGAAGAAGAGUCUGACAACGAGAGCGCGCCGUCGUCCACUCCCACCAAGGCGGAAGUUGUACCAGACAACCACGACGACCCCAGCAAAAUAGCCAGAACAAAAUCCCAAGAGCUCCUACUCCUAGAGAAAAUACAAGCUGAAGCGGCAGCCUUCUAUAAUUAUGAUGCACUACCGCUAGCAGAUGCAGCAAAAGACCGCAAAAUUGUUCGGACCAAUCUUGCCACAAAGUACGAUAGGUUGACCCUAGACGAAAUAGCAGGCAAGCAACCGGUCACCGAGCGAAGAAACUCCUUAGAUUUCAAGGUUCUCUCUUUAGACGAAAUCAGGGCUAGAAAGAAGGUGUCCGAAACAAUAAUACAUUCGACGCCUAUUACACUAAAUUUAAAUAGAAAAAGAAAGCUCUCUACGCAGGAGACGAUAACGACGGCUGGUAACAAAAUAAUUAAAGUAGUUAGGAGUAAUUCGAUAGUUUAUAAGAAAGUAGAUAAAAAUGCGCCGGCGCAACCGAGUCAAGCUAAAAUGGAUGUCAAAAAGACUGAAGAAGUCAGUAGAAAGAGAACGCUAUCAGAACAUAGCGAUAUAUACGAAAUGCAGGAAGAUGAGCUCGUAGAUAAUUGUUACGAGUUUAAACGGAUAAAAAUUGGCGAACAUACUUCCAAACCUCGCCUCAUCAGAAGUAGGAGCGCGAAUAAAUCGAUUAGCGAGAGUAACGUAGAUGACACCAAAGACCAAGAUUCUGAUACUGACGUGCAAUUUGUUAGUCUUGAUAUUUCAGACGAUAAAACCUGUGAUAGCGAUGUAAUAGAUGUUGAAACUGCUAACAUGGGCGAACCUGUGGAUGUAGUUGACCUAUGCGACGACCAGGAAGACACAGAAAUUACUGUGGCAGACCUAGAAUUAGAUUUUGUUAAGAACGUCCCGGAUGUAGUCGCUAGUUGUCAUAAAAAUAUUAAUGAUAAAGACAUAAUUAACGAUAUAGAUUCAAUAUUGAAUGAAGAGUUAUGA